AUGGCGGAGCGGCGCGGCCUGCACCGUGCCACGACCCGACUCAGUCGCGACUCAGCCGCGACCCUUGACACACGUUUGACGCGCGCGGCCGCGUCCUACCCGUCGCCCGCUACCGGCAUCAUCACGCACGGAGCGCUAGUAUACGGCGGGGUCGGUGGCCCGGGCCUUUGCCCUCCGAGAGCCUCCGACCACCCGCCUCUCGAACUCGGUUUCCGCGGCAGCUGGCGCGAUGAUGAACUGCUGCCCUCGACGCCCGCCAGCCAGGCUGCGUCGACGCAGAGCGGCUCCUCCGUCACGGAUAAAGGCCAAAACGUGGAGUGCGUCGUUUGCGGAGACAAGUCUUCGGGAAAGCACUAUGGCCAGUUCACUUGUGAGGGUAUGUAG